AUGCAGCAUCGACUCAAACUUGCCGAAAAGUUGACAAUUUUCCUCAUGCGCGAACAGCAUCUCACGAGAAGACAAGGGACAAUUCAGAACGGCGUUGUCGACUGGUGUCCGAUAGCUGCUCCCCAAUCUUCCCCGAAGCCCAAGUCCAAGUCCAAGGACUCUGCCGAGGGUGGGAAGGCGUCGACGCGCGCCUCCGCUCCCUACGAUGCGACUAAAUUCUCCAUUGCCCAGCUUAUCGGAAACGACAUGACCUCGGCCCUAGCGAGUUCCGACUACCAUGCGAAACCCAUCCGUGUGCCUAUCCGCGCCGUCCCAUCCACUGGCCGAACUGUUCACGUCAGCGGGCCCAUCAACCCAGCGAGGGCUUUCGCCAUGCUGAACCAACGCUGUACGCAGAACCGUCUCGCCACGAUUGCCAACCAGCAACGAUUCCACGAAAGGCCAGGUCUGAAGAGAAAGCGGCUGCACCGCACCAGGUGGCGGGCGAGAUUCAAGAAGGGCUUCCAUGCCACUGUUGUUAGAGUACAGGAGCUGGUCAGGCAGGGAUGGUAA